AUGGUGUCGGCCCGACAGUCCACGGCGCUUCUGCGCAGCACAGCGCGCACCGCCUCACAUGCGGCACGAAGCAAGAGCACCGCAUACGCGGCAAACAGUCGGUCCUCGACGGCGCUGCAACACGGCAUGACCGCACUUCCGGCGGUGCGGCUGGUGCAAGCCCCGAGGCGAAGCAUGCACACCUCGCAGUGCAGAGCUUCCUCAGCCUCAGCGUCAGCCGACAAUGUAGCCACCUCGGAGGCCAGUGAGACCGAGCACGCGGUCAUCUCUACAUUCGAUCUCUUCUCGGUUGGUAUCGGCCCCUCGUCGUCGCACACGGUCGGCCCCAUGCGUGCCGGCGUGAUCUUUGUCUCGGACCUGGCCGACAUGGGUCUGCUGGAGCGCGUGCACACCAUCAAGAUCAACCUCUACGGCUCGCUGGCACUCACUGGCGCCGGCCACAUGACGCCCCAGGCGCUUCUCGGCGGCCUCGAAGGCGACGACUGCGAGACCGUCGAUCCUCCUUCGGUACCCGUGCGCUUCGAAGAGAUCAAGAAGGCCAAGCACAUCCACCUCGGCAAGAACCUGUUCAAGACCCUCGGCGCCAAUGCCAACGGCAAGCCCGUCACCAAGGGCAAGCUCAUCCACUUUGAUUACGACCGCGACCUCAAGUGGAUGUUCGGACAGGUGCUGCCGCAUCACUCCAACGGCAUCCGCAUGAGCGUAUUCGACGAGCAGGGCGAGAUGCUCGCCACCAACGACUACUACUCGGUCGGGGGCGGCUUCGUCGUCAAUGGUGCGCUGGCCACGCCAUCAUCUUCCGCGUCGUCAGCGCGAUCCUCGUCCCCGCAGGCACCUGCACAAGACCCGACGGCUGCUGCGCCGCUGCACGACGAGACCAUCGAGCUUUCGGCGCAUCCGAUCGACUGGGGCGAAAACGUGUUUUACAAGCAGAUUCGUCGCAAGGACGCCGAAGACGGCCGACGCGCCGGUUCGGCUCCCGUCGUCGAAGGCCUGCUUCCGCAAGUCGAAGCGCCGACGCCAGCUGCCGACUCGACGUCGAGCGCACUUGCCACCACAUCCCGCGAGGCGCCAGCCCACGAGCCCGAGAAGCUCACGGCUCGCGCGUCGUCCGGCCCGCCGUUUCCGUACCACAAUGCAGCGAGUCUGCUGCGCCAGUGCAAGACGCGCAACCUCACCAUUGCACAGGUGGUGUACGAGAACGAGCUCACCUGGAACCCGCCCGAGGUGGUGCACGAGAAGCUCGUCCAGAUUUGGACCACCAUGGACGAAUGCAUCCGCGCCGGCGUCGAGAGCACCGAGCACGCGCUGCCCGGCCCGCUUGCCGUGCGUCGUCGCGCGCCAUCGCUGUAUGCCCGCCUGCUGCGCGGGUUGUAUCGCGGAGCAUCGCUGCCUGCCGGAGGUAGUCCGCUGAGCGGCGCUGCCAGAAGUGUUUCGGGUGAAGGGCCCGGGAUCGACAGUCCACCUCCGCGUGCGUCGACGGACAUGGUUUCGCAGAUUGGCGCGACGGGGCUGGCGCGCACGCGCAUGAUCGGCUCGUUCAACCACCCCGUCAUGCCGUGCCCGCCGCGCCGCACCAACUUUCCCGCGAUCGACUACCUGACCUGCUACGCGAUUGCGACCAACGAGCAAAAUGCUGCGGGCGGUCGCAUCGUCACAGCGCCCACCAACGGCGCCGCCGGCGUGCUGCCGAGCGUGCUCAAGUACUGCUUUGAGUUUAUCUUUGACGACGACCCCGUGCGCGAUCUGGAGAACUUCCUGCUCACCGCCGCUGCGAUCGGCAUGCUCUUCAAGCGCGGUGCCACGCUCUCGGCUGCCGAGGGCGGAUGUAUGGCCGAAGUGGGCGUGGCUACCGCCAUGGCGGCUGCAGGCUUCGUCGCCGUGCUUGGUGGAAGCCCCGAAAAGGUGCUCCAGGCAAGCGUGAUUGGCAUUGAACACAAUCUCGGCCUCACGUGCGACCCGCUCAAUGGCCAGGUCCAGAUCCCGUGCAUCGAACGCAACGCCCUAGGAGCCGUCAAGGCCGUCACUGCCGCUCAACUCGCAUUGGCCGGCGACGGCAAACACUCGGUAUCGCUAGACGACGCCAUAACCGCCAUGCGCGAAACGGCCCGCGACAUGCACACGAGCUACAAGGAGACCUCCCUCGCCGGCCUCGCUACGGCCGUCAAGGUCCCAGUCGCCAUUCCCGACUGCUAG